CACCUCAAUUUUCCCACAUUUUUCUCCCAUCUGCCUACGGUUCCAGAUUUUUUUUUAUAUUUAACACAGACAAAAAAAAAAAAGUAUAAAAAGAGUCCACAAAUUUGGGAAAUUUCAAGUUCCAGAGACAUGAAGAAAACUGGAAUCAUCGCGGCCUCCAUCUCUGUCGCCGCUUCCGCCACCGCCAUCUCCGCCGGCUCCACCAACACCUCCGUAUCCUUCUCUUCGCCGGAAUCCAAUUAUUCCCAUCAGGAUUCAAAGGAAAAACAGAGGAAGAAGAAGAGUUCGUCAGAAGAUGGGGGAGAAGAAAAGUUUGCUCCAAGGUUUGAUGGGUUACGAUUCAUCGAGACGCUUGUUACUGCUCACCGAUAACAUUUGCAUUAUUCUGAUUUCUAAGGUUUCUUAUUGUUUACCCAUCUGAUUAACUACAAGGAAUUACUGAUUUAAAGUUCGGGUUUUUUUUCACCUCAAUAUUGUGUAACUUUGGCUUAAACUGUACCACCAAGACAAGAGGCAUGAUUUAUGAGGUUCAUGUUACCCUAAAU